GUUCUCUCCCCUCGUCUAUCCUGCCGACCGUAUCGUGGAAUCGUGGUUCCGUUUACAUCGGUUUACAGAGUACAGACGGCCGACGGGGAAAAAAAAGGUAUAAGCAUUAAGCAGUUAGUAAUAAUAUGUCAUUCGGUUUCGCCGUUUCGCGACUUGAAGAUCUUAUUUGGGCGCCGUGCUCCGGUGAUCCGCGCUUCCGUGUCCACGACGUCGGACCCAUGUCCCGUCUUUCGGUCUGAAGCAGACGCCUCGCCGUGCCCGUCGUCCGCGCCGGAUACCCAAGUUCGCGGGUGCUCCUGCGGCUGCAGCUGCCCACCGGUCCGUCCGUCGUCCGUACGACGGGCCCGGUCCACCGUCAUCUCCGUCCACGCCCGGGCGGCCACCGCCGCCGGAUAUCCACACUCGUGCAAAUGGCCGACUUUGGACGUGGGCCAGUUAUGUAAGGGGCCCCGCCGCACGACAGUGACGACACACCGCCACCGCCGCCGCCACCACCACCACCACCACCGCCACCACUACCUUCCCGCCCGCGCACGUCACCGUGAGUGGCACCGCAUUACUCGUCGUCGUCGUCACUCGGCAGUGACUUUGGACACAUAGUCAGACUUCGCCCGAAACGGAUAGCUGCCGCCUCGCGCAAAGGAAUAUAAUCAGUCUACACAAAAUAAUAAAAUGUCACGAUUACAUCACAUUCAACCAGAAGUAUCAAUUUUUGCUGUUUCUCCAAAUCCUCCUCCCAAACCAAGAAAAAUUAAAAGCGAACCUCCUCCUUUAAAACCAGCAAUAUGGCCUUCCAAGCAACCUGCAGCAUCUAUGCAAUUACAACAAUUCUUAAAAGCUCAACGUUUGAGUCAAAAGCAGCUAGUUCAAAGAGCGCCCCCGCCACUAAACAAAAUGCAAUAUUUUGCUAAUGAUAGCCGUACAGAGUAUCAAAAACAACAGCAGGCAAUGCAUCAAAAAAUGAUGCAGCAACGUGCCAUAAUAAGUAGCCAUACAAACAAUAAUAGUAUACGAGAAGAUUCUCCAAACCCAAUGGAUUUUUUGGAGAUUGGAGUUCAUGCUGGUAACUGUAUCAUCAAUAAUAUUCCAAGGGAAAAACCAAGAUCCAAUUUUAAAUCGGGAGGAAGUUUAUCACAAUCGGAUUCUGGAAGUCGUCGUAAAAAUGCUAAUCCAAGAAAAGUAGCUCGAGAAAAUGAAAUUGAACCACCGGGACCAAGUGAUCACUUUCUGCUUUCUCAGAUAAAACAAGAAAACCUUCGUCAAUCCUGCUUGUUAUGUGAACGAAAUUUUAGCAAUAAAAUUGAUUUAAGUCAACAUAUAUCUGAAGUGCAUGGUAUUGAACCUUCAGAUUUACAUAAGUUAAAUGGACAUUUGGGAGAAGAUGAAGAACUUGCUGAAAGUAUGAUGGAAGCUGAAACUGUGUUUUUUUGUGAAGUAUGUACUAGAGAAUUUCAAGAUAAAGCUAGUCUUUGGUUACAUAUGGUCAGAGGUCACAAACAGGAAGCUGCAGUGACAUGUGGAGUAUGUAUGAAAAUCUGCACUGAUAGUAAAUCUCUAAUGGAACAUGUAAAUAUUCAACACCCUAAAAAUUGUGAUACUGCUGACUCCGUACAACGUAGAUAUAGAUGUCAGGUGUGUGCACGGCAACAUGAUACCAAGAAAAAAAUGAUGAGACACGUAGUCAUCCACACAGUAUACGAUAAUGAUGGUCAAAUUAUCGAUCCUGAUAAACUAAUAAUAAUCAAUAAUAAUUUUCAUCCAACCAAGUCUUCAAAUAACGAACAUUACACAAUUAGCUGUCAAGUAUGUCACAAAGUAUUUCCAAGUGAAGAAAAACUUUUACGACACAUGUCUUCUGUUCAUCUGAUGACUGGUUGUGAUGAUAUGAUUACUACAACAGCUAUAACAACCACAGGUAGUUCUUCUCAAAAUAGUUUUGUGAAUCGUUGUGAAUUAUGUGGUGAUUCAUGUGGUUCUCGUACUGAAAAAUGGUGGCAUGUGCUUAAACAGCACGGUACUAAUGAAACACUUAUAUGCCCAAAACCAGACUGUAGAAAAUUAUUUGUGUCGCAAUCUUUACAAAUUGAACAUCAAUCUCAUCAUGAAACCCAAGGCGAACUUCCUAAUACCUGUGAAGUAUGUGGGCGGUUAUGGCCUAAUCGAAAUGAUUUUUAUAAACACAUAAUGGCUGUACAUGCUGAAUGUAUGCCUUUAUUAUGUGGUAUAUGUUUAAAAGUUCAUGUGGAUGUACCAACACUUAGAGAACAUAUUAAAGAGAAACAUGAGCCUUUAGUGUCUAAAGAGAAUGCUAUUUAUUGCGAUAUAUGUGGACGCACUUACACCAAAUGGUCAAAAAUGAUGAGGCAUAGAUCAAUCCACAAUGUUGAAGAUCAGGUAUCUCACUUUGUAACAGAUCAAUUAACUGAAGUGAAUCUUAAGUGUACGUUGUGUCCUGAUACCGAAUUUAAAACUGUUGAAGAGAUAUCUGAACACAGAAAGAAUGACCAUCAAUUGCAUGUAUGUGAUCUAUGUUCAAAAUACUAUAGUGGCAAUAAUCAUUUAUGGAAGCAUGUUAGUAGACAACACAAAGGUCAUCCAGACGUCACAUGUAGUUUAUGUGCACGCACAUCUGCUUCUAAAGUUCACCUCAAAAGACAUAUGAUAAAAUAUCAUUCUGAUCCUGUGGAUCAGCUUAUAGACAAGUCAAAUAAUAGUAUUUGUGCAGAAUUAAAUGCUAUUCACCAAUGUAUAAGAUGUGAUAAAGUGUUUAGGAUUAGAAGUUUACUGAAGAAACAUCUUAAAUACUGCAAAGGUAAAAGAGAUGCAAUGCCAAUACCCAAAGAAAAAGGUCAUUAUCCUUGUACAAAAUGUGGUAAAACAUUUGAAUAUCAGACUUACUUAAACAGACAUUUAAAGCAUAGCCACUUAGUUCAGUACUGUGAGAUAUGUUCUGAGGAUAAAACUGGUGAACACUUUGAUAAUAAAAUGUUACUAAUGGAUCACAUCAGAGACAAACAUGGAAAUGACCCAGAGUUGUGUUGUGAUGUUGAAGGUUGUGACAAAGUUAUGAGAACUAAAGUCGAUUGCCAGAAACAUAAACGUGAUCAUGUCCGUAAAGUAUUUUCAUAUGUUUGUGAAUUUUGUGGAGAUAUGCACUCAAAUAAGAAAACCUAUAGAAAACACUUGAGGCAGCGACACAAAGGAAACACUCAGUAUUUAUGUGGUGUGUGUAUGGAAGUAUGUGUUGACAAUGAUGGUUUAUCAAAACAUUUACAUGAAGCACACCCUCAGACGUUUUCCAAGUCAAAUAUUUGUCAGAUUUGUGGAAAAAUGUUUACUCUUGGUAGUAAAGUAGGGGAACACAUAGAUAAAAUUCAUGGAAAAAAUUUAAAACCUUGUAAAAUCUGUUGGAAAGUAUUCAGUGAUAUGGAUAAACUUAAAGAUCACAUUGAAAAUCAUCCAGCAAAAGAAGAUUUCCCCAAAGUAACUACCCCUGUGAAAAAAACAAUAGAACCAAAACCAAAAACUCCCAAGCUAUAUGGUCUUCCUAAAGAACUUGCUGAGCUCGGGUUCAAUGAAGAGCAACAGGAAAGUUUGAAACGAGAUAUAGAUGAUGUUACUUCAGAUAUAAACACAAAGAGGCUAAGAAAAUUACACUCUUGUACGGUUUGCUACAAAAGCUUUAGAUUUGAAACAGAUCUAUAUGAUCAUAAACGAGAAGAGCAUUCGAUUAUUGAAGACAGUUAUAUGGAAGAAGAAACUGAUCGCAAAGAACAACAGCCACCUGCACCAAAAAGUAAUAAGACUAUAUGUGGUAUAUGCAAAAAAGAAUGGAUAAGUUUGAAACAUUUUUGGCAACAUUUAAUAAGAGCUCAUCGCACCGAAGCUGCAUUUGUUUGUGGUAUUUGCUGUAAAAUAACUAAAAAUUAUGAUGAGCUAGCUUUACAUUUAGACAAUCAUCAUCCGAAUGCCACAGUUUUGUCAUUAUUUGCGUGUGAUGUUUGUGGUCGCAAUCACAAUGCAUUUUCAAAACUCCAAAAACACCGUAUUAUACAUUCAACUGCACCACCUGCGUUCCCGAAAUUUCAUUGCGAUGAGUGUGAAUUGGUGUUUAAUUCUAAGUCAUAUGGAGAAAAACAUAUUUUAGGCCAUGGACCGGGUAGUAAAUUAUGCAAAGGUAAAGAUUUGUGUCAAGAAAUGGACGAUGACAUGUUAGACGAACAAAUUGAAGAGGAAGAAGAAGAAGAAGAAGAAGAGGAGGUAGAAGAUGGCGGAGAUGCUGAAACAGAAAAUAAAGGAGACGAUGAUGAAGACGAGGAGGAGGAGGAGGAGGAGGAGGAGGAGGAUGACGUUGAACAAAAUGACGAUGAUGGGGAUGAUGAUGAUGAUAAUGAACAAAAUGAUGAUGUAGAAGAUGAAGAAGACGUGGAACAGAAUGCUGAAGAAGAUGACGACGACGACGACGAUGAUGAACAAAAUGACGAUGUUGAUGCAGAAGACGAUAAGGUUGAAGCAGAUGAUGACGAAGAAGAUGUAGAGGAAAAUGGUGUCGAUCAAGAUGAUGAUGAGGAUGAAGAACAAGAAGAGGAAGAGGACGAUGAUGAUGAAGUCUAAUUUAGGUUCCUAUAAUUAAGUUAUUGAGCUUUUGGAGUUGUUGAGUAAAACCUGUUGUUUUUCUAUUUAUUUACUUUAUACAAAGAACUUUAGUGACCAAACCAUUUGAAAGUCAAUAUAUUUUAAUGAAUACAUAAUAUUAUAUAAAGACUGGUACCUAUACUGCCAAUGGCUGGCGAAACAAUUACAUACCGACCUAAUUCUUGGUAUCAAUACACAUAUUGUAUAUAAUUUUUAUACUUAUAAUAGGCAUGGGUUUUGUUCUGUGUAUUACAUUUUUAUAUUAAUAUACAUAUAUAUAUAUAUAAUUUAUUUUUUAACACCAAAUAAAUAAUCAUUGUACUAUAUUUUUGUUAUUUACUGUUAAAAAGGCACUUUAAUACCUGUUACGCUAUUUGUAAAUAUUUUUUCAACUUCAUUGACAUUGUAUAAAUAAUACCCAAAUAUUAUGUUAAGUGUACGAAUUUUUUUGAGUAAGAAUGUAUAUCAUUGUAGAAAUUAUUUACUAAGCAAACUUAUUUUUCAACCAAACUGUAUGCGUAAUUUUAUAUAAUCUGUGUGUAGUCAAUAAUUGUCGUAAGGGUUUUUUCUACUUGUAUUAUUUUACUUGGAUCAAAAAGUAUAGAUACGUAUCUAAUCAAUUAUACAAUAAAAACAUAAAACAAAUAUUA